AUGAGUAAACCGGCUUAUACUCAGAUACCGACUACAGACACCCACAGUGGAUUCUUUACACAUCUGUAUAAGGAUCCCGAUUCGAAUAGUGGUGCACAACUAUAUCAAAGACGGUAUCAGUGGAGGCCAAUAUCUUGGAACCCGUUCGACCUAGGCGAUCAAAAUGAAAAGCCACGAGAUGAGGAAGAGCAUAAUCUCUUGGAAAGCACGACAAGCCUGGGUCCGCAAGAUGAUCCAGCAAUCUCGGGGAUUGUGACCUUUCAGGCAGAGCCAAAACCGUUACUCAAUCCCGGUCCGAGUUGGGUAAACCUAUUUUACGACCUCGCUUGGACCGCAACUUUCUCCAGUCUUACUCAAAAUGGCCAAUUUGAUUCCACUUGGGAUGCCGCAUCCUAUGCUGUUCUUUUCGUUAUUGUUUGGUGGCUGUGGGCGUCCCAGGUUCUAUAUGACAUGAAUUUCUAUACGAAUGAUUGGUUCCACUUUGCCGCUAUGUUUCUACAACUGGGUGUAUUCGGGUUAUUAUCAGCAGCCACUCGCGGAUUCGAUGUUACUGUUUACAUUUCACAUUCACCGGGGAUGUCUGGCGAGCUUGACCCCAAGCCAAUGGAGGACAUAACAGACCCCAGCCGGUACAAUAGUGAAAUGACAGCAAGAGUAUCGCUUCGGAUCAUUGUUUUUUCGAUAGCCAUUAGCAGAUUAAUUCUUUUGAUCCAGUACCUUCGAGUUUUCGCUUAUGCUUAUUUCACGGUUCGUAGCCGUCGAGGUCGCAUUUAUCACAUUCCCAGAAGACUUCGCAUCCUGCUUUCAGGUCUUACGAUAUCAACCGCUCUAUUCUUUAUAGGGUGGGGGAUUACUAGGACCGAGUUUGGUACAACUACCUCGGGCGCAAGGUUCAAAUACGCGUUUUGGGGCUCGGGAUUGAUCGUGGAAGUUCUCUCUUAUAUUCGAAUGCCAAAGGUACUUCGAAGAUGGAUAAUUGCGUUAAUCAAAAAAUGGUCUACCAAGAACGAUAAUGACAAAGGAGUCGAUAAGCCCUUGAGUUUUACUGUCCUCCCACCAUCGAACUCGAUUAUCAAACAACCCUCUCCCUCGACGACUGCGCUGCCGAUUCCCCUGUCAAAUGUCACCCUCCGUGAUAGAUUGGAGGCUAUUACAACAAUAAUCCUCGGGGAGGGAAUUAAUGGUAUCGCUGGAACACUUUAUUCAAUCAUAUCGGCACCAGGUUUGGAGGGUCCCAUUGUAGUCAACAUCAUAUCUACCGGUUUUAUUGUCUAUUUUCUAGCAUACUUAUACUUCGAGGGACCUACUAGUGGUCACGCAGAUCCCCGAGAUAGAACUCGGAGAAAGAUGUACUGGCUGUUACUACAUCUUCCUUUCCUUCUCUGCAUUGUCCUUCUACUUCAAGGAGUCAAAAAUCAAUUCUUGCUCACUAGUUUCUUGUCUACCGCUCGGAGGAUAGCGAGCGAUUUGAAGAACAUGGACGAAGAACUACUGGAGAUAUGGACCCAGCCGGAAAUUAGGUCGAACAAAAAAAUAGCUGGUCGGUUGGUAGAGUACGGUAUAUCUUGGUCACAAGAGUACGAUGCGCUGGUCCAGAAUAUGACAAGUAGAGGAGCACUUUGGACCAAUAGUUCAAUGUCAUUGACCAAUGGACAAAGAGAGGAGUUAUACAUUUGGCGUUGGCGACUCUCGCUGAGGUCGUUGAUGAGAAUUCAUGGAAUAUUCAUGGGUCAUGAUGCCACACCUGCGCAGACUCAAUCUCGUAUUGCAGAUUAUUACCACAAUGUGACCGCACCCAAGCAUGACCAUUACACUUCCCCGGACUCCUUCGCAGAUAUGCACUACUACCAAAUCCUCGGAGAAGUCCUGGCGAGCAGCCUCCAAAGUGCCCGCUACAUCAUGGUCUUUGUUGGCUGCAUUUUUAUCCUUCUUGGAGCGCUAGAAUUUGCUCGUUCAAUGCCACGUGAUCGUUUCCAGUGUGGCGCCGUCAUCAGUAGAUUGUUGAUGGGGUGGGCUUUCUUGUUCCUUCUUUUGCUGAACGUUGGUAAAUAUCAAUCAUUAUGGGUAAACAAAGGAGACGAAUAUGAACAAGCGGGGGUAUUUUUAUGGGUAUCCUCGUAUUGGGUUCUUCCCACUAUCGCUUUGGCCUUUGCCAUCGAGUCUCUGAUUGAAACGGUCCUUGUAUGGUUGUCUGCACUACGAUACAGGGGACCACAUCAGUGGCGACCAAUCUCAUGGAACCCAUUUGCUGUACACGACAUAGAUGGGCCGAUAAAGGAAGACGAGGAAUAUGAGAAAUUACUUGGAGAAUCGUUAGCAAGUCCUCAAGAAGAAUUGUUGAAAUACGAAGUUUUACCGGCAUCGCCCAAAAUAGAAUCGAACCAACUUCGGAACCCGGGCCCAACUUGGGUCAACUUGUUUUAUGACCUUGCUUGGACCGCAACUUUCUCUAGCCUUACUCAAAAUGGCGAAUUCGACACAAUAUGGGACACGGUGUCUUACACCGUCUUUUUCGUAGUAGUUUGGUGGUUAUGGGCAUCUCAGGUCUUGUAUAGCAUUAACUUUUACACGGAUGAUUGGUUCCAUCUCCUCUUCAUUUUCCUACAAAUGGGUGUGUUCGGCUUGCUCGCAGCAACUACUCGCGGGUACGAUGUCACAACCUAUAUCCUACGUUCACCUGGAUUGGACCCUAAUGUUCUCGAAAGCAAGAACUUGGAGGACAUAGAUGACCCAAGCAGGUAUCAGGCAGAAGAAACAGCAAGAACAUCGAUCGAGGUCAUUGCAUUUUCAAUCGCUGUCAGUCGUGUUCUCGCACGUUCGAAUGUCGCGCAUAAACUGGCGCCCCCGCGAUUUGGCCAUGGUAGCAAUUGGUUCGGGAGCAAAAAAUCACAUAAUGAUGAGUUGAAAGCAUUGGGAAACAUGGAAACCACACAAUCUCGGUCUAUUUCUGUGCCUUCCCCACCACCGGAGCUACCAGUUCCUGAAUCAGACGUCACGCUAAGCUCGAGGCUCGAAGCCAUCACUACUAUUAUUCUAGGCGAGGGUAUCAAUAGUAUUGCUGGAACGCUCUAUUCAAUAAUAGCAGCACCGGGGUUGGAGAACCCGAUAGUUACCAACAUUUUCUGCUCUGGAUUUAUUGUUUACUUCCUGGCAUACUUAUAUUUUGAGGGUCCGAGUAGUGGCCACACGGAUAUCAAAGAUAAAGCUCGGCGAAAGGUGUACUGGUUGUUAUUACACCUUCCGUUCCUUCUCUGCAUUGUGCUUUUACUUCAAGGAGUAAAAAACCAAUUCUUGUUAACUAGCUUCUUGUCUACUUCCCGCAAGAUAGCAAGGGAUCUGGAAAAUGUAGAUGAGCGCGUGCUGGAAACUUGGUCCCCCUAUCUUGGAUCAGACCACCAGCUAGCUCGGGAUUUGGUAAAAUAUAACAUAUCUUGGUCAGACGAACACAAAGCUCUGGUCAAGCUCAUAUCAAAGCACUCGCCUCAAGGAAACAUUUCGGCUCCGCUAAAUAAUGAGCAAAAGGAGGAACUUUAUAUAUGGCAUUGGCGCCUCUCCCUCAAAACACUGGUGCGAAUUCAUGGAAUAUUCAUGGGCAAUAACAAGAUGUCCAACGACCUUCAAGAUCGCAUUAAUGACUACUACGAUAAUACAGCUGCUCCAAGAAACGACCAUUACGCAUCCUCUGAUGCACUUGCAGAUAUGAACUACUACCAGAUCCUCGAAAAAGUCUUAGAGCAUAGCGUCAGCAGCGCUCGCUACAUAAUGGUUCUCGCCGCAUCCAUUUUCAUACUUCUUGGUGCUCUGGAACUCGCUCAUUCCAAGCCACGUGUGUGGCGCUAUUAUCAGCCGAUUUUUGAUGGGAUCGAUAUUCUUGUCACUCCUUCUACUCAACGUGGGCCAGCAUCAAUCUUUAUGGGUGAAUAA